AUGCAAGAAGGAAUGAGUUCCUUGUAUGAGAACCAUAAUCAUGAUUUGGCGAAACUGCCUAAGGGCAAGAAGGCACUCAAGUACAAGCGAGUGCACAAGCAUAAGAUCUUGCCUAAGGAGAAGAUUGCGGCUUGUAGGCAAAGGGGAGCAAAUCUUGUUCUGGUGGCCAAGAGAAGAGAGAGAAGCUUCACAGAAGUUGCAGAGCAAGCUCAAGGACUAGGGGCACCUGAUGUCGAUGACUGCCAGAGGGUUAUAGAAGCUGCCGUGGACCGCUUCGGUCGCUUGGAUCAUCUGGUGAAUAAUGCUGGUAUCGGUCAUGCCUGCAUGUUUGAAGAUGUUUCGAAUGUAAAGAACUUCACAACAGUGAUGGAUGUGAAUUUCUGGGGCUCUGUUUAUGCAACGUAUUUAGCAGUGCCUCACUUGAAAAAGACAAGGGGUAAGAUCAUUGUCAAAGCUUCAGCUGGUGGUUGGCUGCCAUAUCCAAGGAUGAGCUUUUACAAUGCAAGCAAGUCCGCAAUGAUCAACUUCUUUGAGACAUUGCGCAUUGAGUUCAGGAAUGAGAUCGGAAUAACUAUUGCAACUGCAGGCUGGACCGAGUCAGAGAUGACAAAGGGCAAAUUCCUAGCAGGAGAUGGCAGACUUGUAGUUGAUCAAGACAUAAGAGAUUUUCAAGUAGGGCUCUACCCAGUGAUAUACAGUGAAGAGUGUGCUAAGGCCAUUGUGGAUGCAGCUCGGAGGGGUAAACGCUACUUGACAGUGGCUACAUGGUUCGCUGUCCUAUACCUGUGGAGGGUUUUUGUGCCUGAAGUCAUAGACCUUUUAUUCCGGUUGCUUUUAAUAGCACGCCCGGAUGCAACUCCACCAAGUAAGAUAGUAAUGGAUGCAAUUGGGGCCAAAGAGAUACUGUACCAUGUUACUAUACGAGAGCCAGAAAUCAAGUUGCACUAAUCAAAUAGAAAUGAA